AUGUUCUUACUGUUAGCUGUAUUUCUAGAAGUAUUUCUAGUAGCAUUUCCAGAAGAAGAAGUAAUAGCGAGGUACUUUUAGUAAUAUCUCUAAUUGUGUUUCCAGAAGAAUAAUUAUGAUGUUCUUGCUAUUUCUAGAAAUUUUUGUACGGAUUAGAUCGAUGAGAUGUACACAGUGUGCGUUACGUAGUCCCUAAUAGGAACGAUAGCGACGAGAUAAAAAGAAACGACUGUUACCAUUUCGCGUUCAAAGAUUAAGUAAAUUUCAGCGAGCUUUAAUGCUAUUUAACUAUAACGGAAAAGUGUAAUGCAAGUGCAAAGUGAGUCACGCAAGAUUAGAAAUCGUGAUAUUUUACAAGCUAUUAACGUCGUAAAAAACAGUACGAGAUGACGUAGAUACAACGACGAAUGAAUAAUGCAUUUUUCAAAUCUCGUUCACGAUCGUGACCUUUGCAGCAAUAAAGUGCCACGUUUAUUAUUUUUUUAACGAAGCGGCGCCGUUUCCGUAACUGAGUCGCGAGUAGCUUUAAUAAACUAACGCAGUGAGUUUCCUUUCGUGCUUUCUAAUUACAAAUAUGGCCAAAUUGCAAAUAUCAAAUUUAUUGUUUUGUUUCAUCAUUAUCACUAUGUCAUUCAAUGGCUAACUAUUUCUUUUAAAGAAGAAUAUGUACUUUGCACCCUUACAUCCGGACGUUUUAGCUGUAUCUUUUAGUUUUGAGAAAUUACGUCUUUACUUUCUAGAUAAAAAUUUCAGUAAUUCAAUUAUUUGACUAAAUAAAUCCAAGAUGAUUCCAUUUUUUUACAGAUAUUACAGAUAUACACUUUCAAUAUUAUGGCACAAUAGAAUUCAUUUUUAAAUUAAAGCGGCUGUGUACAAAAUCUGCGUGCUUCAUUUUGUAGAAAAUUCCACGAUAAUUGCAUUCGUUCAGAAAUUAAUGAUAUAACAAUAGUUCGAUCUCUAUUCGGUGAGUUUGCAGUUGAAAAGAAAAAGAUCUGGUGAAAAAGGAUCCAAUAGCAAGAGACUCACCAGCAAGGUCUUUGCUGACAAAAGAGACGAGAUUUUCGAGACAACAGAGAGUCUCAUUGGUCUAUUUGAAAGCACGUUCGCGCAACCCAGUCGAGUUCAACGGAGGCGAAGCCAUACCUGUGGAUCGGUGCCUCGAAAGUUAAGGGUCCCGGUGCAGUUGAUUAACGAUGUGAGCGUCCAGGUCGAGGUGGGUGGCGCAUGCCUUUGUGACAGCACGACCGCUCCUCCGCUCCUCGACAUCGCCACCGUUGCUAUCACGGAUUAUUAUAACUCGUACGUUUCAUCUGGUACCUCCAUCGACCGGUAGACAUCGACAUGGUACCCGGCUAUCGUCACGUCCGUUUGUCCACGCGUCUGGAGAAAAACGGCGCUACUCUUACGUUCUCUUCGAAAUCGUCUUGAAUUCGAGAUUUCGUGAAGUAUCGAUAAGAUAUAGGUAACGGAACAGUUCACUGUGCACGCCUAACGAUCUUCGUCGAGUUUGAUCUUCGAACGAGACACGAUGUGGGUCUUAUAACAGUAAGCUUGAUUAUUCAGUGUAAAUUUCAAAAUUGAAUUUUAAUAGAUACAUUAAAGGUUAAUUUACUCAAAUAAUAAUUACUUAACUAACAACUGUGUUUCAAUUCAGUCUUAAGGUUUUGUUUACGAUUGUGUCAAGCAAAUUCGAUUCUGAACGAACAUGUAAGUAUGUAGCUAUACCUGUAUUAUUUCAAAUCGUGUUUCGACUGAGGAGCUUAAUGAAAUUUAUAAUGAUUACGUAAUUUCCACCUUCAGUUUUAGAUUAAUUCUGCACGAAGGUUCAAGCGUAUUCACAACAUCUUUUAAGAAAUGAUUUUUAAGCUACGUUUACGCGAAAUUGCAAUUCAGUGGUUGAUUGAACGUGAUAUUGGACCUAGAUCCGAGUCCAAUUUCGCACAAUGA